UUGUGACGCUAGUUCAGAGCUUGGGUAAGGAAACCCUUUUCGACAAAUAGACGUGGUGUUUUGGAGAAUACGGAGGAGGUGUCUUGUGGGGGGGGAGUUUGUUUCUGUUUUGUACAAGGUUUUGGCUAGGCUGAGCAUUUGUUGUAUCAAAUAUUUCAAAAUCCCUGUAGUUCGCGAAGAAAAAAGUUUUCAUCUUAGUUUACCGAGAUGGAAUAGCGAAACAUGGGAAGCACAUCUCUGAAAUGGUUGUUUACACGAAGCACGCUUUGUUCAUUAAUGCAAAUCUUGUGCUUCUGAUAACUUUUAGUAUUACUCUUGUCAUACUGCCUUAGCUGCAUAACACAACAUGAAUUAGAACUCUGGCAGUCACGAUAACCACGCCAAAGGCAGAAAACAGGUUUUACAACGACGUACUUUUGACAGAUUGCAAUUUCCAUUCAACAACUGUAAUGCAAUGCGUAUUAAAAUUUAUACACCAAGCGUAGUCACUAAUUUGGAUAGUUCAUUCUUGGCAAUUCGCAAUGUCAGUGAUCUAUUGCAAUGUUGAAUUGUGCACUUUUUCAGACUCGCAGAGUGGGUACAAUCUUGUGUAACACUUCGAAAAAAAUUAACGUCUUGAGCAAUUGAGCUGAGGGUAUAACAGCCUUUCAGUUCACACAGAAAUGGAGGAGUUGAACAUCGUUUUACGAUCCGAGUCGUUAAAGGGAUUAACGUCCCUCUUGGUUUAAGGGUAGAGGAAUUUAGAUUUUUUUUUUAAUCUGUUCUCCACAAUCGUUGAGACAUCAUGUGGCUGGAUGUGCUGAUACGCAGCGGUGGGGAAUGUGUGUUGUCUCCUUAUCUUCGUCAUUAAGGUGUUGCACCACACACCUGAGGUGCAGGGCACAUAUGGGGUUUGGUUUUCCCACUUUCGAGCAGCGGUGCGUAAUUAAAAGCUCAACAGCGCUGUGUUGUCUUGCAGUACACCGUCUCUGCUCCUCUAAUCAACGCGUAGCUAUGUAGAUCUCGGUGCGCCUGCUGCUAGGAUUUGACCUCACUUUUUUUUGGUACGGCUCUGUUGUAGCAGCUCUUUGCCGGAGCUCCGGCGGAGGAGGAGGAGUAGUUGUCGUCCUCUGUGCUCGCCAGUAUGUUUCACCCUGCCCGCAGUGCAUCGUUUGCGGGGCUAGAAACACGUUUUGCGGUUCGCAUUUCGGGCUAAGAUGGACGAGUCGUCCCUCUUGGAUUUACUCGAGUGCUCGGUAUGUCUGGAGCGGCUGGACACCACCGCCAAAGUCCUGCCUUGCCAGCACACUUUCUGCCGCCGCUGCCUGGAAAAUAUCGUCAGCUCCCGCAACGAGCUGCGCUGCCCGGAGUGCCGGAUACUGGUGGACUGCGGCGUGGACGAUUUACCAGCUAACAUCCUUUUGGUGCGGCUGCUGGACGGGAUUAAACAGCGACCCAGAAACGGAGGGAGACCGUCUCUCACCGGGGCUUCCCUUGGAUGCGCGUCCGGCAUCUCAGCCUCUCCUCCAGGGACAGCCAUCCGAGACUUGCCGACCGCCACUCGGAGCUCCCCGGUCAAGAAUGUUCCUCAGCUGCCCUGUGGAAAAGCCCUCUACAACUAUGAAGGCAAAGAGCCUGGAGACCUCAAGUUUAACAAGGGUGACGUCAUCAUCUUGCACAGGAAGGUGGAUGAGAACUGGUACCACGGCGAGCUGAAUGGCAGCCAUGGCUUCCUCCCGGCCAGCUACAUACAGUGCAUCAAGCCACUCUCCCAGCCCCCGCCCCAGGGCAAGGCGCUGUACGACUUCGAGGUCAAGGACAAGGACCAAGACAAGGACUGCCUGACCUUCACAAAGGAUGAAAUUCUGACUGUGAUAAGGAGAGUGGACGACAACUGGGCAGAGGGAAUGUUGGGAGAUAAAAUUGGGAUCUUCCCUAUUUUGUAUGUAGAGCUUUCAGCAUUCUUCCUGGACCUUUGUCUUCAGGUUGAUCUGGGAUGAUUGCUUUGCGUGUAUUCCUGAAGCCAUGCUACCAGAGACG